CUGUCAAUCACUCUGCAGUCAUUAGUUACAUGUGAAGGCCAUUAGUUGACAAGUCUGCAGCGAUGCUGCCAGGAAAGUCUGACUUUUACAGCACGGAGAGGGCAGUGUUCUUCCUGAUUGUACUGACAGUAGUUCUAGGAUGUGUACAUGGCAAUUCCUUGUGCACAAGCCGCAGAUGCCUGGCCCACUUGUUAGUCAAUAAAUCAUAUUUGUCCCAGCCUCAGAAUGACAGCUGCAUCAUUCCAGUUUAUGUGCCAUUUAUCGAGUACCAAACGGUGGCAGUUGACACAAAGAACACCCGCCUCGUUAGCCGUCUGUUCGCCACAAUAAGAUGGACAGAUCCUGAGCUGGCAUGGAACACUUCAGUUUACCCGUAUGAUGAAGUGAUUUUGCCAGUAGAUAAAAUCUGGACCCCAGAGCUCCAUGUAAAAAACGGAAUGAGAGCAACCAUGGCCCACAACUUUAAUGAUCUGGUGGUCCUCAGUAAUGGCACAGUGGAGCACACCGUGAUCAUUAAUGCAGAGGUCAAUUGUGAAGUCAAUCUGUUCAACUAUCCCUUCGCCGACGAUGAAUGUCCCGUCCCAAUCGAAACCUAUUCAAACUUUGGAUGUGGUGCCAAGCUUAUAUUCAAUGAAGAAGUGAAGAUGGUUGAUAGUUCCCAUGGAGACUGGGAAACUAUUUAUGCGUCCCUCCGUAAACAAAGAGAUGACCGCUAUUAUAUCUGGGUGGAGCUGAGAAUCAGAUACGGAAACCCCUUCAUCACAUUUAUGCUGCCCAGCAUUCUGCUUGUCCUUGCGGAUUUAAUCAGCUUUGCUCUGCCUCUGGGAGGCGGUGAACGCAACUCCUUCAAAUGCACUCUGGUGCUCAGCUUCACCUUGUUCCUCAAUAUCCUGAAUGAGGCCCUCCCUGGAGAUGGCCAGUGCGGACCCGUCAUCCGAAUCCACUUCUGUAUUUGUCUGAUCAUGCUGGUGUUAAGCAUGCUGGUGUCCAUGAUGUUGACGCGAGUGGCCAAAGAUGGCUGGUGGUUCUUUUGCUGCUGCGUUAAAGGGUCUGCCCCCAAGAGCACGGGAAAAAAAGAAAACGAAGAUGAUGAGGGAGAGGCCAAAGUUGACAUUAAUGUUGUGCAGCUGGAUGAGUCCGAAGACACUCAGAUGCUCAGGAAAGUUGUCAGAUUUCUCGAAGGUCUUGAGGCCAAGGAGGGGGAAAAUGAGUGGCACCAGAAACUUGCAAACAUCGUGGACGUUGUAUUUUUCUGGUUCUAUUUAAUCAUUGUCGUCGCAUAUUUUUGCGUCAUGAUACUGGUGAUGGUGAAGUACAAAUGCUCAGUUAAUCAUUUCGAAUUCUGGUACUGACAAAUAUGAGUGGAAUUUGCUUUUCAGUGACUUAUGACAUAUAUUCUCAGUAAAUUUACAGCUCUAUGGUCCAUGCUCUGCUUAUGUAUUAAGGUAAACAUG